AGCACUAAGGAAAACGUUAAUUAUAGUUAAUUUCAGGUCUGAAAGAGAUACGAAUAUGAAGAACAUAGAAUAGUAGGGGUUUUAUUAUUAUAUUUAAUUUCAAUUAAGAUUAAUUUGACCUUUUACCCUGAUUUGGAUGAAAGUAAAAAAAUGCAUUUUUCUUCUGUAAAAUGUUUCUAUUAAAAUAAUGUUUCCUUCUAAUCGUGUUUUGCCCAGACAUCUGUUCGUGGUCAUUUUUCAUGCACUAUGUAUAGUGAUCAUGUGGGUCGUGGUUAGUAGUCUUCCUGAACACAAACACACACUUUGGUCUGAAUUCAAGCAUUUGCCAUUUUUGCACAUAAGAGAGCAGCUUUAGCAACCUAUAGCAUCCGGUUUGGUUUCAGCUUUUGAACUUCCUCUAAAUUGUUCUUACAUCCAGUUUUAAGUGUAUAAAUGUCAUUCUGAAAGAAAAGUGGAAAAGUGCAUCAAUGUGUCAUCUGUAUAACAACAACAAAAAAAUGUCUCUACGAUGUUUGCUGUUGGUCAUCGUCUGCGUUGUGUUCAUCACCACAGAAGCUGUUUCAGGUCAAGAAGUGAAAGUUUUUGGUGAAGUUGGAGGUAAAGUGUCUUUUGGUGCAACCAGAAUACGUCAUCCUGUCAGCAGUAUUAUAUGGAAACACAGAAGCAGCACUGAAUCUGUUCUAAAAGCGAUUGAAUGGGAUGAAGUUGAUGGUGUUUCCGCCCCGAAUCCGAGAUUCAGAGACGUCACAACUCUUGAUGAGAAAACUGGACAAAUCACUAUAACUAAUUUAAAUUUUGAACAUAGUGGACUUUAUACAAUCGACAUCAACAGUAAAGAACAGGAACAACAAUUCAAGUUGGAAGUGUUGGCACUGGUCCCCAAACCUGUGAUAAAAAUAGAGAAGAUUAAAGUUAACCCUGAUGCGGUGUAUUUAAUAUGUGAGUACAGUGAAACGAUCAUCUGGAAGAAUUCAGCUGGUGAAACACUGAAGGGGUCACCCCAGAGUCCAAAAGGAGAAUUAAUCAAAGUUGAAAAACAAGGAAAUCCAGAUUUCUUCUACACAUGCACACUCGAGAAUGCAGUGAGUGAGAAAACCAGUGAUCCGGUCUUUGAGAGAGAUCUGUUUAAAGAUUUACGAGGAUUUGUUAUUUGGAUUGCCACUGUUUCAAUCAGCAUGGUUUUUAUCAUCCUUUUCCUGUUUAUACCUCCUUGUUGUCACGCAAUGAGAGGCUGAUUCUGAAUCCCGGUUUUACUGAAACAACUGGAGCUCUAAACUAUCUGUGCCUUCAUAACUUUGACUGUUGCUUUUUGACCUCUGUGUCUGCUGGACCAUAUAUAUAUAUAUAUAUAUAUAUAGUACAGACCAAACGUUUGGACAACCUUCUCAUCCAAAGAGUUUUCUUUAUUUUCAUGACUAUGAAUUAACACAUGUGGAAUUAUAUAUGGAAUUAUAUACAUAACAAAAAAGUGUGAAACAACUGAAAAUAUGUCAUGUUCUAGGUUCUUCAGAGUAGCCACCUUUUGCUUUGAUUACUGCUUUGCACACUCUUGGCAUUCUCUUGAUGAGCUUCAAGAGGUAGUCACCUGAAAUGGUCUUCAACAGUCUUGAAGGAGUUCCCCAAGAGAUGCUUAGCACUUGUUGGCCCUUUUGCCUUCUGUCUGCGGUCCAGCUCACCCCUAAACCAUCUGGAUUGGGUUCAGGUCCGGUGACUGUGGAGGCCAGAUCAUCUGGCGCAGCACCCCAUCACUCCCAUCAGUCAUGAAAAUAAAGAAAACUUUUUGAAUGAGAAGGUGUGUCCAGACUUUUGGUCUGUACUG